ACAACGUUAAAGACCUGUCCAGGAGCAACAAGGGUUGUCUGUUAAAGUGCCUGCGGGAAAAAAUAUAUUUUUGAUAGUUCAUUUGUUUUUAUAUAAAAUUAUUAUUUGCCGUUCAAGAGAGUUGCAUUCCAACCAGUUUUGAAAACCAGGAAACAGUUACGUUUCUUAGUAAUGUCUAGGAAGUGUUUGUUCGCACAAACGACAGCGGCAUACUAAACGGUGGUGAUUGCACCGUUUUCCCUGUGGAAUACGGCUGUUUAGAACUCGGAGUAAAAUAAGAUUAAUAUAAAAUAUUUUUUUAAAAAACGUGGCAUAUAUUGACUGGUGGGAUAAAAGAGAUGUUCCGGACACUUUCUUUCUGCUGCUGUCGUGUGAAAAAGUAAUUUCUGGCGAAUUCGGCAACUUCAGCAGGGAAAGACAGCAACAAUCCCAGGAGUCCCGGGAGGAAACUUAACAAUUUCUUUACUUUGGCUUGGAAAUCCACCAAAAUUCCGUGCUGCAAGGGCAGGCCCGCCAUGUCUUCCAGCGAAGACCUGAGAGACAUGGGGAGCUAUGACAGUUUCUGGGAGCCAGGGAACUAUAAGCGCACAGUGAAACGAAUAGAUGAUGGCCACAAGCUGUGCAAUGAGAUGGUCAGCUGCUUCCAGGAACGGGCUAGGAUUGAGAAAAGUUAUGCCCAACAGCUGACGGACUGGGCUAAGAAGUGGAGAAGUGUAGUUGAGAAAGGUCCCCAGUAUGGCACUCUAGAGAAGGCCUGGCAUGCCUUCAUGAAUGCAGCUGACCAGCUGAGCGAGAUCCACCUUGAGCUCAAGGAACAUCUAAUGGUGGAGGACAGCGAGAAGGUGAGGAACUGGCAGAAGGACGCAUUCCACAAGCAGAUGAUUGGCGGCUUCAAGGAGACGAAGGAGGCUGAAGAGGGCUUCCGGAAGGUGCAGAAACCAUGGGUCAGGAAAUUCAAGGAGGUGGAGGCAUCCAAGAAGGGCUAUCACCAAGCACGGAAGGAGGAACGUACCGCUGUGACUCGGGAGACCCACGCUAAAGCCGACCCCUCCAAGUCUCAAGAAGAAGUCCGCAAGCUGCAGGACCGGGUGGAGAAAUGCAGUCAGGAAGCUGAGAAAGCCAAAGACCGCUACGAGAAGGCCUUGGACGAGCUGAACCAGUACAACCCUCGUUACAUGGAGGACAUGGAGCAGGUGUUUGAAAGCACACAGGAGGCCGAGCAGAAGAGGCUGUGCUUCUUUAAGGAGGUCCUGCUGGACAUCCACAAGCACCUGGACCUCUCCAGCGUCGACAGCUUCCGGUCCCUUCACCGAGACCUGGGCCAGGCAAUAGUCGCAGCCAAUGACACGGAGGACCUGAGAUGGUGGAAGAAUACACACGGACCGGGAAUGAGCAUGAACUGGCCGCAGUUCGAGGAAUGGUCACCGGAGACCAGCCAGGCAAUCAGCAAAAAGGAGAGGAACAGCCGCGCUGGAGACGUGGUCACCCUGACGAAUGUGGUUUCCGCAGAGGAGGAGACGUCCCGCACACCCCCACAGAGCACCAGGGCUGCCAGAGACUACUCCUCUGACUGGUCUGAUGAGGAGAGCCCCCAGAAGUGCGUUUCGGCAAACGGGGUGAAGGAUGAGGAUGAGAAGGUAGCAGGAGUGCAAGUGAAAGCAUUGUACGAUUACAUGGGGCAGGAGGCUGAUGAGCUGAGCUUUAAAGCAGGAGAUGAGCUUCUGAAGCUGGGGGAGGAGGACGAGCAAGGCUGGUGUAAAGGGCAGCUACAAAACGGACAAGUCGGCCUUUACCCUGCUAACUACGUCCAGGUGCUCGGGUCCUGACAAGACUCCUACAGCUUAAAAUGUUGAGGUCAUGUGACUCUUGUCUAACCAGCUGUGAGGCUGAGAUACAUCAGCUGGUGGUUGGAAUAUCCUUUAAGGCAAAGUAGAUGCAAAAUUCUGGCUAAAAAUGUCAGCACUGGUGGCGUUAGUCUUCCAAAGGAUUUAAGCCUUUCGGGUGAUGCCAUAACUGUGAAUAGUGACACUGGCUUGUGUACACCCAUGGAACACUCGGUGGAUGUGACAGGGAAAUUCUAAACUAGCAGUGAGGCAUGAUAUUGGCUUGAUAUUCUGCUAUGACCUGGACUAGCUUAGUCAAUAGAACACUUAUAUAAAACUACUAUUUGAAAAAAAUUCUUUUGCUGGCUUAUCUUUUGAUUGCGUAACAUUAGAUAUGCGUGUGCUUUAUUUUUAAUUGCUUGCUUCGCCUCGUAUUUAUCAGCGGUGAUACGAUUCAAGCAGAACCGGGCUGAAGGUUUGUUUACAUGCUUAUUAGAGGUAGAUUUUGAAUGAAGAUUUUGUAGUUUUUUUUUUUCUUCCCAAUAAUUCUGUUGCCAGUGGGCUAAGAUAGUUGACCAGUCAAAGUGAAACUAAGCUAUGUGAGAAUGAUUCUAAGACCGAGUGUGUGUCUCAGGCUGCCUGUUUUACAGAUAUCUUGUAUGUGGCAUUGGGUGUGUCACUCUCCAGCUCACCAUUUAUUUUAUUUUUUUGGAAACCGAUUCAUUUACAAAGUGAUUAAAAUAAAUGACGGGGAAAAAAAUUAGGUCUUGUUCAAUAAUUCUGCUGUGUUAGCUCUGCUGGAUUGUGGGUAAGAAGGUCUAGAGUAAAAAUGCCUGAAAUAAAGUAAGUGGAAUGAGACAAAA